GCUGUAAGCCCUUUCGGCCCAAACCUACGUUCCCAAGUCUGGCAAGUCAUUGGUGUCGUACCACAGCGGGCACUGAGAUUGAAUCCACCAGGUUCGAUCUGUCGUCCUCAUCCGCAUCCAGAUUUACGCCCUUUCCGAUCGCGGCGCGGCUUCUACAGCCAUCGCUUCCGAACAUCUUCCCUACUCGGGUACUUCUGAGCUUGUCCCUGACGCGUUGCGGCUUCCCUUUUCACUGUCUUUCUUUCCUACAAGGAGGAGUUCUGUUAGUUUCCCGAUCAAUUUUGCUUUCCUCCCCCUGCCCUCCAAUAUUCGGUCAUGGACAGUCAACGCCGCCGGAUAUCAUCGGGACUUGGUGGUCUUCUCUUUUGGGGAGACAAUUCUACAUCCAGUGAAGAUAGCGAAGAAGAUGAUCAGUUUCAUAAUACCAGAUUUUGAGGAGAAUAUAACCUAAGAUGUAUUUCACUGUUAGAUGUAGUACAUGCUUCGUAAGAGUUGAGAUAGGAAUCCACGUUGAACAACUACUGGACCGAGUAAACAAUGGUGUUUUAGCUGAGGAUAGGCGUUCUGCUGUAACUGAACUGCAGCAAGUUGUUGCAGAAAGCAGCUCUGCUCAGUUGGCAUUUGGUGCGAUGGGUCUUCCCGUACUCCUGUCUGUGUUGAAGGAAGAACGUGAUGAUACUGAAAUCAUUCGAGGUGCUCUGGAAACUCUAGUAAGCGCAAUCACACCUAUUGAAGCAGUAAUGGGACAGAAGAAUGAGCUUAGACCAGCUUCAAUGAAUGCUGACCUCCUUUCCCGUGAAUCAGAGAGUAUUUCUCUUCUUCUCAGCUUGUUGUCAGAAGAUGAUUUCUAUGUCCGGUAUUAUACACUCCAGCUUUUGACGGCUCUUCUCACACAUUCCCCCAAUAGGUUACAAGAAGCUAUUCUUUCCAUCCCUCAUGGUAUUAUUCGCCUCAUGGACAUGCUUAUGGAUCGUGAGGUUAUCAGAAAUGAAGCCCUACUACUCCUUACAUACCUAACUCGUGAAGCAGAGGAAAUUCAAAAGAUUGUUGUUUUUGAAGGAGCAUUUGAGAAGAUAUUUAGCAUAAUUAAAGAGGAAGGAGGGUCUGAUGGAGGUGUUGUUGUCCAGGAUUGUAUCGAUCUGCUGAAUAAUCUCAUUCGAAACAAUGCUUCUAAUCAGAUGUUGCUCAAGGAAACUAUUGGAUUUGAACCUCUGAUAUCAAUACUGAAACUCCACAGGGGAAGUGCUUAUAACUUCACACAACAGAAGACAAUAAAUCUUCUUCAUGCGCUGGAAACUGUUGACUUGCUUCUGAUUGGGGGUCCAGAAGGUGAGCCAACAAAGGAUGCUAAUCGAUUAUCUAAUCAGACUUCAUUUGCUCAGAAGAAAAUUUUAGACCAUCUUCUGAUGCUGGGAGUUGAGAGUCAGUGGGCUCCGGUUUCCGUGCGCUGUAGGGCAUUGACUUGCAUUGGCAACUUAGUUAUAAGAAAUCCCCAGAAUCGUGAUGCGCUUGCAAGCAAGUUGGUUGGAGAGGAACAUCAUUCUGAACCUGCCCUUAAUGCCAUUCUUCGUAUUAUCCUGCGUACCUCUGUUUCUCAAGAAUUUGUUGCUGCUAACUAUGUUUUCAAGUGCUUCUGCGAGAAAAAUACAGAUGGGCAAGCAAUAUUGGCAUCAACAAUGACGGAAACAAAUUCAGGUACCAAUGGUAAUCUUCAAGAUGAUGGGAGCCUUUCCUUUGGAAGCAUGCUCUUGCAAGCUUUGGUAACAACAAAAGGUGGAAAUUUGGAGUUGUGCUCCAGAGCUUGUAGCGUUCUUUCUCAUAUACUAAGGGACAAUGUUCACUGCAAGGAGCGUGUCUUGCAAGUCAAGCUUGAUGAACCAGUGCCAUCUUUGGGCUCGCCCGAGCCUUUACUGCAUCGGCUAGUUAAAUAUUUGGCUUUUGCAGUCUCUCUGAAUGGUAGAGAUAAAAAUCAAUCCAGCACUAAUGGAUUAGGAGAUAGCUCAUACAUUCAGCCAAUUAUUCUGCAGUUGUUUGUUACAUGGUUGGCUGAUUGUUCAAAUGCCGUCAGCUGCUUUCUAGAUUCACCAACACACCUUACAUAUUUACUGGAGUUAGUCUCAAGUCAUCAUGUAGGCGUAUUUGUUCGAGGAUUAGCUUCCUUAGUUCUGGCGGAAUGUGCUCUCAACAACAGUUCUAGUGAUAGUGGUAGAGAUGCUUUUGCUGUUGUUGAUGCCAUCAGCCAAAAGAUUGGACUGACUUCUUACUUCGCGCACUUCGAUGAACUACAGAAGGCAUUUGAUUCUCACUUCCCUACGUUAGUUCCCAACAAGCCACCCAUAAGGUCUAGUUCUGCGAGCAUGCUGGACAUAGAGGAGGUUGAGAAUGAUGGAUUGGAUCAAAUGCAGGAUAACCCAAUUCUUGUGGCAGUUCUUGAUCCAUUAUUUAUUAAUUUUGCUAAAAAACUUGAAUCAGAAAUUAGAGAAAAGGUGGUAGACAUCUACAGCAAUACAAAAAACAAGGCUGUGGCUGUUCCUUCCGAUCUCGAGCAAAGGGAUGGAGAGAUUGAUAGGGAUUACAUUAAAAGGUUGAAGUCUUUCGUGGAGAAGCAAUGCCAAGACAUGCAGGAUCUGCUAGCUCGGAAUGCUACUUUAGCGGAGGAGUUAUUGAGGACUAGUGGAAGUGAAGCACUUGAAGCUGCUGCCAUGAAAUCCAGCAGUGGAAGAGACAAGGUUCAUUCGGAGGCCCUUCGUCGAGAGCUACAGGAAGCAACAAGACAACUAGAAAUACUGAAGGCGCAGAAAGUUAAGAUUGAGGAGGAAGCCAGUUACUACCAGAAUGCAGCUGGAAAGCUGGAAUCUGACCUAAAGAGCUUAUCAGAUGCUUAUAACAGCUUGGAACAAGACAACUUCCGACUGGAGUCAGAGGCAACAAGUUUAAGGAAAGGAGGGAAUGUGUUCCAUCCUGAUGUGGAAACCAUACGAGCAGAAGCAAGAGAUGAAGCUCAGAAAGAGGCUGAGGCUGAGCUGAAUGAUCUGCUGGUCUGUCUUGGCCAGGAGCAGAGCAAAGUUGAGAAGCUGAGCACGAGGCUGGUGGAGUUGGGUGAGGAUGUAGACAGGCUUCUUGAAGGAAUAGGGGAUGAAGCUGGCUUGCCAGAUGAUGAUGACGAUGAUGAAGAAGAAAGUGGAAGUACUGUAAAUUGAAGAGUCUAAGUUUGUUGCAAGAUCUUAAAAUUCAUGCUGCUGUACAGAUUGUACAGGAAAGAACUGAAGGUAUUUAAUCUUGCCUCUUUCUACACGUGUUUAGUUGCUGACCGGGGAAUUAAACUAGACAUUGAUCAUUGUAUGCAGAUCUGUGUUAUUGGAUUUUCAGACUCGGGUAAUUAUUUUUCAUUCUUGUUAUUGUCAUUUGAGCCUUCUUGUGGAUUAUUGUCAGCUUCAGCUAUAUAUUUUACUUCCAUUGUCGCUUUGAAAAAGUGAAUGCAUGACA